UUUAGUGUCAUUUUAGUACUUUUCAAAUUGUCAGGUUUUUAAUGUUUCGUGAAAAUUUGUUUUUAAAAAUUAAUUUUGUGUUCUUACAAGAAAGGUUGCCAACGAUCUUCAUAGUUAGCAUUGCGAGAUGAUAGAACUUCUGGAAGAGAGGCUUCAAAUUUAGUUAUCUGGAAGGCAUACUAAAAUCUGUAGUAGUUACAAAGUUCUUAGAAUUAUUUCGAUUCAUCGAGAUAAUAUGAAGGUGGAAAUCUGUUUGCAAAAAGUAUCUUAAGUACUCGUAAAAUUCACGUUAAUUGUGAAAUUGUGACCUUUUAUUUCUGCGAAUUUCACAUAAAGAAAUGCCAACAUAUAUCAGUGGGCAACGAUGUUCCACCUACGACUCAUCCUGUCCAAAAAAGACAUUUAUCAAAAAAUAUGAAUCAAGCACUUUUCCCAUUAAGUAUCCUUCGAGUGGGAUAUCCUUCGACUCCUACUACAGUCACCAAGAUAUGAAUGAAUACAUGCAUUAUUUGGCAGUUAGGUUCCCAGAGAGGGUUUGCAUUCGAACUGUUGGGCAAUCCUUUGAGAAUCGAGAUAUAAAGUUAAUUCAUAUCUCCAACGGUGUUAGGUCUGCAAAUAAAAACAUAAUUUUCAUUGAUGCCGGGAUUCACGCACGUGAAUGGAUUGCACCUGCUACUGCUCUGUACAUUAUAUACCAGCUGGUUGAAAACUUCGAAGCAAACCAAGAGCUACUGGAUGAAUUCGAUUGGAUAGUUCUACCACUGGUGAAUCCUGAUGGCUAUGAAUACUCACGAGGUAAAUUCAGCUAUUGGAGGAAAACACGCUCAACAGUCAAAUCAAAUCCGUGUCGCGGGACUGAUGCUAAUAGAAAUUUCGCUUUCCACUGGGAUGAAAAAUUUGCAUCUACAGAUCCUUGUUCAGAUAUAUUCAAAGGGAAGCAACCUUUUUCGGAACCUGAAAGUCGGAUUGUGGCUCAAAUUCUUUUGGAAUUGAAAGGGAGAGGAAAGUUCUACAUUUCCUUGCAUUCUUUUGGGAAUUACAUUCUGUUCCCAUGGGGCUGGACAAAGAAACUUCCGCCUACCUAUGGAGACCUUCAAUAUGUAGCCUCUGUCGGUGCAGAAGCUAUUCGAUCAGCUACAGGAUCCACGUAUGUUUACGGAAGUGCUGCAAGCUGUUUGUACCCUGUCUCUGGAUCCAGUUUUGACUACGCUUAUGCUGUCGCGGAGUUUCCGAUAUCGUGUGUAAUUGAGCUUCCGGGAAAAGGUUACCGGUUUCACCCCAUACCAAAGAUCAUUAAGGAAUGCGUGGAAGAAGCAUGGAUAGGAAUUAAAGCCAUGGCAAUCGCUGUUAUAAAAAAAUAUGGAAGAACCUGAAAAUUGAAAGGGUGAAUUGAAAGAGUUUUCCUAUA